AUGGCUACAGACGCAGACUCGGACCCCGUCGUCGCAUCCUACGAUGUCUACCUCACGGACUCCGAAAUCUCGCGCUAUGUCCUGCAAUACCUCGACCGACCUGCCAACCAAGCCUACGAUGAUCGCCAUGGUCAAAAACCCACUGCACUCCGUCUAAAGCCGCAAACGGGGCUCGUUGAAGUCGAUGUUCCGAUCAGCACGAGGGUGAAUUACGAUGUUGGGAAGGGGUUACGUUACGGCGAUGCGAUGAAGAAGAGUCGCAGUGCGAGGGAGGGUGGUGCGUAUGGUAUGGCUGGAGGUUUUAGUGGGGGGAGUGCUGGUAGUGGUGGCGGUGGGAAGGUUAAGAUGGAGGAUGGGGAUGUGGAAAUGGGAGGAAUUAAAAAGGGGGGUGAUGCGGAGGAUACGGCAUCCUUGUUGAGGCUUCAGACGCUUGGUGGGCGGAAAAAGACUCCGGAGGAUGGGGAUCCGGUUUAUAUGCUUGCUGCGUUUCGGGGGAAGGAUCUACACCUGUCUCCCGUUUCCGCUGUGGUCCAAUUACAUCCGCAAUUACACCAUCUCGACGCCCUGGAUGAAGUGCCUACCAAGGGACGAGGCAAGGCCCGAAAAGAAGGUGAGGAUGAACGAGCCGCCGAAAGCGAAGCCCGGACUAUCGACGUGAAGAUCAAAGCCGCCGCCGAGGAUGGAGAAGCCGCCAUGGUUGCAGGCAACCUGGAGCUUCUGAAGAAGAUGCAAGAUGAGAAGUGGAGUACUUAUGACUGGGUUGAUGCGGAGACCGAGGAAUCGUGGCAAACAUACGAGCAAUGCAUGGUCAAUCAGGAAAUAGAGUCUCUGCCGCAGUUACAGUCCGUUAUUGAUGGUGAAGACUAUCUGGAUCAGAUGAGCGCACCGCGUAUCGACCCGGCGCAUCCGGAGUUGACCGGGUGGGCGAUGAAGCAAAAUCGGAAGAAGCAGCACGAGGAUACUCCGGUGACGGAAUGA